AGACAGACAGGCAGCGGAGUUGGUACGAACAUCUUCGACUCCACAAACCACCAAACCAAAAACACUUCGGCAGCUCUGCCCACAGACAUGCCUCGGACUGGCCGCCGUUUUGGGGGAUUUUCGUGAUAUUUAAGCGCCUCUAUAUCCGGAGAAGAUGACCAGAUGCCAUGUAAAGAGCGCGGGAGAAAGUGUGCCUUGUUUGGAUCUGAACGGGUCUUGUGCCACAACAUAAAAACUCAUCGAGGCCAGCAGCAGCCUGGAGCACCACUUAGCUUAGCCUGCCUGCUAACGUUACAGGUGUUCAGGCAGCAGAUAACCCGACAUUACUUGUAGCUGUAGUUAGCUGGCAACGAGCUGAGCUACCAUGUUGUGACUUAAUCCUGAACUUAAUGUGCCUGUUAUACGCUUUUAAGCAACCGCCAAGUAGAGAGUAUAAGAGUUAGCAGAGCUGUUGUUAGCCGUUAGCUGCCGUUAACCCCCCGUGUUUACAGCAGCUAAAGCUAGCCUCAUUAGCCGCCGAGCUAACGAACUUUACAGCUACAUGUGCUUGUUUUCUUUGGGAGCUCACUCUCCGCUGCUUCAACUCCACUCGACACCGGACUCUUGGUGUGAUUUAGAGGUAUCUUUACUAUUCUCCAACGGGACGGGUUGACUUUUUUCUUCCUCCACCGUGCCUGCCUGGAGCUGGACUGACCCACCCACAAGGACUAUCUUACCCGGGGGCCGAUGCUGACAGUUCAGCCCGGAUCACGGCAACGAAGCCAGGAGCCGCUACAGCCAUGCAGCCCCAGCAGAUAUACGACUUUUCCAGUGACGAGAACAGUCACAAAUGGAGAGGCCUCUUCGUGCAAGCUCUACGGAAGGUAAAAGAACAAAAACAUUAAAAUUAGAGAUGUUAAAGUGCAUUUUUAAUCAGCUGUUCUCAGACUGGAGAGACUCUGGAGGUUUUACUCAGCAUCUCACAACAAACACAAACUUACAUGAUACCUGUGAAGACUCACAAACCACACUUUACUUAUAUUAUCAUUGAUAUUACUUUAAAAUGAUCAUUAUUAGUGUUAAUGUGAACCAGGACUGAUUUUUAAAGUUAAUUCAUCAUCAUCCUGCCUUACUGUUGACACUGUUUAUUAUGUGGGGUGUGACUGAACUCAGCUCAUGAGAGGACAUCAGAAUAGGUUCAAGAGGACCAGAGGAGAUGAUAUUUUUUACUACAUUUUAUAGAAAACAUAAAAAAUUGAAAAGUACAUCAGUUCAUUACUUUGUCACACAGUACAGUUACAUUUAGACAUGUUUAACCAGUCAUUAACUCGUGAUAAAUCUCACUUUCUGACUGAGUAUGAAUGAACAAAUGUAGUGAGAGACAAAAACAAAAAGGAUUACAGCAAAUUCAGAGUUGUUUUUCUCCUGUGCGAGUCUCCAAGGAGGACCAGAGAUGAUUUUUACAGCAUUUUAUAGAAAACAUCAAAAAUUUUAGUCAUGACGGAAAUAAUACAUCCAUUCAACAGCUUGUCAUAAAGCACAGGUCCAUUUAGAAAUAUAUAACCAGUCAUUAACUUCACUUCAACUUUAUUGUCCCAAAAAUGCAUUAAAGACGAUUUAAAGGUUAAAAGAAGGUAAAAAGAAAGCAUAUGUCAGUCAUACCAGUAUUUUUGCAUGAACAGAGAGCAUAAGAUAAAAUGCAGAAACAAAGUGCAAUGUGCGGUUUGUGUACCAAUAAAAGACCCCAAGAUGAAGCAUGAUCUAUAAUCACAAUAAUAACAAUAAUAAUAAUAAUAUACACCGUCUAAUAUCAGAAACAGUUAUCUCCUCCUGCAGGAAUCAUUUCAGGCUCUGAUAGAAUCUGGGAUGAAGGAACUUUUAUUCCUGUUUUUUGUGGUUGUAGGAACUAGCAACCGAUGGUCAAAAGGUAACAAGAUUGUAUUCUGAGCAGAGAGGAAGGUCACUAUGAGACCGAAUGGACACAGCUUUUUUAAGAACCUGCUUGUUAAAAAUAUGAUUCAAACUAGUGAACUGCACGCCUGCAAUCUUACCUGCCACCUUUACAAUCCUGCCCAGGAUAAAUGUCACUUUGUGUGUGUUUGUGUGUGUCCACAAAAACAACAAGGUUUUCUGCAAAUUCAGAGUGAUGAACUCUGAGUGAUCUUUUAACAUCUGAUAGAAACUGUGUGAUUGUCUGACUGAACUCCUCAAAUAAAAAAUAGAGAAUAAAACCAGCGUAAAAAAAGUAAAAAUAACAGAUAUUAUAACAAUGUUGAAUUUUUGCCUCAAUCUGAUAUUGAUACAGAUUCAUACUUACUGUUUUUAUUGUCAGCAUUACCUCGUCUCCGCUGUUAUAGAAUUAUUAACCUGUUCCUCUAUUUUUGUAAUCAUCUAGAAAAACAGACAUAAAACAAGGAAAACGAUAGUUUAUAAUCUGUGAAUUUAUUGUUUUUUUUAUCAUAGACAUUUGGUCAUGGCUCUGCUGUUUGUCAGUGACACUUUCAUGAAGUCACACACACAUGCUGGCUCUUGUAUGCUGUCAUUGCAUGCACAUAUUUAUAGUGUUGAUAAAUUUUCACAUUUGUCAAUACAGAUUUUUUUAAGUGUGUUGAUAAUAUAAUCCAUCUUCAGUGCAAACAUAAUCAGAGAAGUACUCAUUUGUGAACAAAGUUAGUCAUGUACGCUAAUGAACCCUCAUCCUGCCACAUGUGCAUCCACAUAUUCGUCCGAACAGUGCAGAUUUACAGCUCUGUUUUCUUGCAGUGCUCACUUGUAAAUUAGUUAUUAUUUAGGAUUAAGAGUUACAACUAUAACAGGUAUUAAAUUUACCAUCUGGAUCCUUGGGUUUGAGUCACUUUAGUGCUCCGUGUUUGUAGCUCCUCAGUCUCAGCUGUAUUUCUGUGAUAUCUAUAGACCCACGAGAAGACUGGGAAGCUCGCCCUUAAAUACAUACCUGACAGUCAGUCUGUUCAGUCCUCGCUGGUUUACAGAUCGUGGAGCUGGUGGUGAUUUGAAAUCCAGCCUUUGGAUGAUGGAGUCGUAUCUCCUCUACUAACAGAAGCUGUGCUGUGGUCACCAGUGUGUGUGUGUGUGUGUGUGUGUGUGCGCUGUGCCAGGCUUGCUGGCAGCUAACUUUGCAGAAGCGUCUUUCUCUAAGGUUCUUUCACGCUGACUACAUCUCGCCUCUAUAUUCUUGUCCUUCACUUUGAAGAGGAGGAAAUUCUGCUGGUAAUUCACAGACAAAGAUCAUUGUGUUUAAUAACAGUGAGGUGUUUUUCUCUCAGGUGGUGCUGAGGUCGAUGUAUCUUUGCUGCUGAGUUGUUGGUUUUUGAGUCCUCUGUCGUUGUAAUUUUAUAUUAGAAAAGUUACUUAGUACACCUUUAUUAACCCAAACUUAGUGUCAUCGCAGUUCUGGUUGAUAUUUCUUGAUUUCUCUGGGUAUCAAAAAUGCUGCUCGGUCCGACUCCUUCAUGUUUUGGUCUGUUAUCUUCCGAUUUUACACGACGACUUGUACCUCAAUGAGAAAACUCGCCACGCUUUAAUAUCAUGAGAUCCCGUCUUUGCUUGACUUUGUUUUGUUUUGUUUUACCCACACUAGACAUGCUGUUGUGUCUCUCUGCCAGUAUGUUGAUGCUCUGAUUGCUAAAUGAUGAUUAUUAUUACCGUCACAGUCAAAAUCAGGGGGUGUAAUUGAAAACUCUUGCUCUUCACUCUUGUAAAGAAGAAACUACAUCCCAGUUCAUUGGAAGUGAAGAUCUUGAAUAACUUUAACACUCUGUCAGAAGUCCAGCAUCCACCGUCCAGACUUAGUUUCCCAACAUUUGUCAUCAGUCAUAAUAAAACCUUUACUAUGGAAAGUGUCGUACUGAAACUGUUUCAGCACUCUGACACCUUCACUUGUUGAUAAUAACCCUGAACCUCUGAAUAAAGUGUGUCGAUGGUCGUCCUGCGUGGUUGUGGACAUGUCCACACAGACUUCUUUAAUACAUUUCUCGUCCUAGUUCCCCAUAGUGACAUUUUCCCACCCUACUUUUUGAAGAAGUUGCCUAACUUUGCCGUGUUUUGAUAUGUUGACAUGUCUGUUUCAUACUUCUGAUGUUUAUACUAAUAACCAUCAGGGUGGUGUUGUUGUUGUGAUACCUCCUCCUCCCAGUUCAAUAGCAGUAAAGCCGUGCUGGGAUUACUGGAAGUCACUGUGUCACUGAAUGAGUGGCGUGCGUGUGUGUGUGUGUUUGUGUCGCUGCCAAACUCUUUGAUUCGUUCCUCAUUCGGUCUGAGAAUUUCUCAUCUUUGCUGAGUUCUUGAGCAGGAACUGCUGUAUGAUGCUUUCAUGUGAAGUCUCCCUCCCCUUUUUGAAGAACUGCAGCUUUGUUCCUGUAAACCUAAUUGAAAGUUCAAGGAAAGGAAAUCUUUUAAUUUUAAUGUCCUUGGUCAGCAGGACUAGUUCCUUUUUAGCCGGCCCUCUCUUACUCUUUUCUUGCAUCAUCUUGGCUUCUCCCCCUCUCCUCCGUCAUCUCCAGGUUUAUUUUCUCUUUUCUCAGACUUUCAAACUCAUGACAGAGCCGCUCCGGCUUGUUUUGUUUAAACUGAAACCGUUCUCAUCGUCGGUCUGAGUCGCAGCAUCCUUGUUGUGAUAUUUGAAGAUGCUCAAAGCUCUUCUUUCCUCCUCCAUCCUUCAAAGAGACACCGACAGGUUUCUGAGCAGUCCUGCAAACAACAGAGAGGCUGUGCAACAUCACGAUUUACAGUACGUUGUGCAAGGAUAAAGAAAAGUUGACGACCUGAUUCUCGAAUUUUUUUGAGCUGCAUCUGUUCUUGACGACACUGAUAAGAUUUCAGAUAUGAUCGCACUUCUCCAUUUCUAAAGGAAGUUCAUAAUGUGUCGUUCUUGUACACCACGUCUCACUCUUGAACUCUCCUCAUAAGGUGAUAUGCACCCUCUCCUCUGCAGCGAUCAAAACACGUUUUCAAGUUUGUAUCCGAUCACUGGAAAAACGUGAAACUCAGCUCACUCUCUGGACUGUCAGAGGUCGACAUGAUGGCGGUGAAACUUUGGUCACCGGUGUUGUCUGUGGAGUAGGGCUGGGCGAUAAACUGAAAAUUAACCGAUACCGAAAUUUACGACAAUAACCAACGUCAUUUUGCCCAAAUCGGUUUAUUCGGUUUCCCUAGAAAUUUUUGUAGGGGGGGGUCGUUGUUACCCCAACUUUCUUGCCGCUCCAGGAGCUAUGCUGUUACAUUCACAUUACGUUACCUGCGUGACUCACGAUAUAUAUCGUGUAUAAGCUUGAAUGUUACCUUUCACGUUGAUAGAAGAGGGUCCGACAGGAUUUGAUGCGUUCCUUGAUGAUUCACAACAAGUCGGAAAUAAAGUUGUGCGUUGUUGUGUUCACAGAGUGCGAGUAGAAUCAUUAGUGGCGCAUUGAUUUUAAUGAUCAUGUGACAUUUCAGUACCGGCGCACGUAAUUUAGCAUGUAGGGGGAAACACUGCUGAUACAUAUGAGUCCGAGGAAGAACUAUGUGAGAUGGAGGACGGUUCAAAAGUUGGAGCGGCUGAAGUAGACAAAGUUAAUGUGGGAGGGGGUGAGCAGCUUUUGGAGUAGUUAUCGUCCAUUUAUCGUUAUCAAGGUGAACUGAUCAAUAUACCCUGAUAUUGAUUUGAGGCCAUAUCGCCCAGCCCUACAAACUCCACUUCUACCACUGAGACAGAGUCAUCAAGUGAAAUAAAAUCAGCAUUUUUAAUCACUUUUCCCUCUGAGACCGUCUAAUAAACUUCCUGUAAGUCUCAUCUAAAAUCACGACACCUGUCCUCCCUGUGUGUUUACAUCUGGAUAGUAGAGCAUCGUCAUAUUACAACAAUGCUGCAGCGCUCCAGCUAAGACACAAAUAUCAAAAACUUGUUUAACAGACCAGUGACUUAAGUAAACGAUCUUAUCCAACCUUCAAACUCUGCAGACAAUGACCGUGUGAGAUGUGAAUCAGCCUUUGUGCGCCUCAGAGAGAUAAAGUUUGUGUUCGCACCUGUUGAGAUGACUUACAAUCACACUGGUAUCAGUUAUAGGCCCAUAUCAGCUGAUAAUGCUGGAGUGGUUACCAGGAAAGGCUUUCUUUUAUUUCCCUGUAUCUGUGCGAGCAGGAAACUUGUCGAGGGUGACGGACUCAGAGUGUGGAGGAAGGAUGAACCCAGAAAAGAUCCGGUCCACUCUGAUCCAGAAUCCAUGUUUGUCCGUUUGAGAUUCAAACCUCUAUCAGGCUUAAAUAACCCGCACCAAUGUUUUUAACUUGGAGUAACCUCUGAGCUGAAGUCAUCACACACACAGACACACACACAGACACACACAGAGCGACUACAGUGCAAACCUCACAGCUGAUUUUGGAAGAAAUACUGAAAUAGUGUUUGGUGACAGAAAUAGAAGAGAGAAGUUUAUUUCCAAAGCAUGAAAGAUGAAUUUCUUCACACCAGAAUAACCUCCUGUGUUCAGAGUCAUUUUACAUUUCUGUAGAAGUUGGUGAACUACCCUUUUUUUUAUAGUAUCUCCUCAGAAUUUAGUUUUUGACGCAGUCGACCUGCUGCUCCUUCCCCUUUGUGGCGGCUGUAGAUGAGUGCUCUGUUGAUUUCUGUCUCCUCGUUAUUAUCACGUUUUUCAGUUGAAGUGAUAAAAAAAACAAAAAACUGUGCAGAUGUUUGUGGAGGAAAGUCUGAUCUCCUGUUAUCAGAGCUGCCAUCUGAUCAGAGGAACAUUUAAAUAUGUUUAUUGAAGUGGAAUACAGCGGGUUUUGACUUGAUCGGUUGUCUCAUUGUAUCGUGUGAUACCACAUAUUCCUCGCCGUGUAGCACGCAGGUGUAACCAUCAAUAACUCUGCAUCUGCAUCAUAAACUUCGGCACAGUCCGAAAACUUACGACCACACUGUGUUUGUGCGCUAAAGGAGCAAAGAUCUUAUUAUUGAAUCCAAUUCUAAAGUAAAGCUUUACAAACUGUUCGACAGAGGACAUUUUGUCAGGUGAUGAGCGAUGCCAUUGCCAAUGAUUAACUAUCAUUAAUCUCAAAAUUAUGACAUUAUUCAUGAAAUUUCGUCUUUAUUUGCAUCAACUUUAAUCUUGUAAUUUUGUCUUUAAUCUCAAAAUUUUGCCUUCUUUCACGACUUUAAUCAUGAAAUUUUAACUUUAAUCUCAAAGUUUCGACUUUAACCUCGUAAUUUUGAGUUUGAUCUCAAAAUGUUGAUUUGUUUCCCAAAAUUUCUACUUUAUUCUUCUCGACUUUAUUCUUGAAAUAUUGACUUUAAUCUCCUAAUUUUGAAUUAAAUCUUGAAAGUGACUUCAAUCUCAAAAUUUCGAUUUAAUUAAUGAAAUUUCUUCUUCAUUCAUGUCAACUUUAAUCUCGAAAUUCAAAUUUAAUCUCAUAAUUUUAACUUUGAUCCAAAAAUUUCAAAUUAUUUCAUGAAAUUUCGAUUUAUCCAUUUCGAUUUUAGUCACAAAACUUUGACUUAAUCUUGUCAUUUUAACUUUGAUCUGAAAAUUUCAAUUUAUUUCACGAAAUUUCUACUUUAUUCAUGUCGACUUUAAUCUCGUAAUUUUGACUUUAAUUCUGAAAUUUAGACUUUAAUAUUGAGAUCCAACUUUAAUCUCGUUCCUGUAAUCAUUUUCUUUUCUCUUUAUGUGACCCUAAUCUUCUUUUGUAGGUCUGCUCGUAGUUUAUCUGGAUAUAAAAAAAGACGUAAUAUGACAAAAGAGUCAAAGGUGAGGUCUGAAAAUAUCUUUUUCAUGUUUAAUAGCCUUUUGUUUGUUUUUUUAAUUCUAGAUUAAAUCAAACAGUCUGACUUCACAGUUCGACAUCCACUUGGAAAAAAAGGACAAAAUGAAAAAGUUCGAUCUGAUCCAGAAAUGUUGUCGACUUGUAGUUUUUCUAUUCUGCUGAAACUUCCUCCUGUCUUAUUCUGACAUGGACUCAUAAUGAAGUCGUCACAGCGAUCCCUCAGGUUGUUGUUGUGCAGCAGCAGAAACAGAAACAGAACCAGCGUGUGUCUAAAUAAAGUCUUUUCUGUCUGUCAGAGACGGUGCAGCAGCAGCAGCAGCGAUGAUGAAUCAGGUGAAACUGAGAGCAGGUGGUGGGACGCCGUGCCGCGGUUUCUUUGUCUCAACUUGUUACACAACUGCCGGAGGGAAAGUCUGCGAGAGACUGACGCAGGAGGGUUUGUUUUGGUUUUGACAGACUGUGACUCGCUGUUUUUCACAGCUGUCCACUCGAGGAGGGGGGGGUGUUUCCUCGUCAGGAGGAAGGGGAGGAGGCGUGUUGGCGGACGGUUUUAGACUGUUGUUGUUUGGAGGUUAAAGUGAACCUGCUGCAGACUCUGAAAACCACGUUACUGUGCUGUAGAAAAAUGAAUGUUCACACACACAUGUAGCCGCCCGUCUCUCCGUCUGCGUUCCUGAUGUCCACACUGACAUUCACGUCCUCGCUGCGUCUUCAUUUCCACGCUAUUCUUGAUCCCUGCGGCUCAGGCGAGAGCGUCAUUCGGCGUCUGACACGCUGGUGUUGCUAGUAACCGAGCGUUCCCCGAGUCUGCUGGAGGAGAGGACGGCCUGAGCUCCGCCGGCUACAGUUUCAUUCCUCUGCAGAGGAGCUUCUCGUUCUCUCCAUGAAGCACGAGUCAACGUUUAAAGACGGAUCAGGUUACAGACGAGCUCUGUCGAUCUGCGUUUAUGUCGUCUUCGUUAUCCGACACAAGAAAGAGAUUUUACACGAGAGGACAAAAGUGCAGAGAGUUUCUUAUUUCUCUGUUUUAUUUAAACUCAUCCUAAAGCUCUUGUCAGGUGUCUUAUUGUAUUUUUGACUGAAUACAAGAAUUCAGUUUUUUAUAAGACAGAAACUGACGAUAUCUAGACAUAGAUGCACAUAGACUUUAAAUACACAUGUUUGCAUGAGUAAAACCCGGUUUAGACGGAGAAAUUUCUGCACAGCAAAGAAUAAAAACGUCUAACCGCCCAGAGGAGUCGAGCUGAAAACUGCUGGAUGACGUCCAGACUAGUUCAGGUGUUUUAACAGAAAAGGAGUUUUAUAUAUUUACUGUAAUUUCUAACAAAGCCUGCAUGAUCAGCAAUAAGUGAUGAAACUGUCAAACACUGAAAAACAAUAAAAACACGUAGAUACGACUCAGUCUCUGUUUCUGAGCACCUGUCUGCAGGUGUGUCAGAAAAAAUCAGUUAAUGUGGUUUAUUGAUACUAUUAUUUGGUUUGUUUAUAUAUAAUCAUCGUGUUUUGUUCUCUAACUUAUCAAAGUUUGUGUCCACAGAUAACUGACAUUUGUUCAGCGUACUUUAAGAGGUUUUCUGUGACCCAAAAUUAAGACGGAGCGAUUUACAAAUCCAUCGCAGCAUGAGUUUAUCUUCAAGAGACACAACAGGCACCAAAAUAACAACCGAGUGGUGUUAGUGUGGAGUGUCGUGAUGCACAUGUCAUGUCUGCGUGUGGCUGUGCAGACGAGUCCAAGAAAAGAGCAGCGGCGAAGGUUUCUGCAGCGCGCCGUCGCAUCUGCAGCUUCAGCUCGAAAACACUAACAGGUUCCACUUCCUGUCACAGCGUCUGAUGAAUUCACACGAUCCCCACCCAUCCCAGACGAGUAUCAAAGUGUGUGAGCAUCAGUUGGUCCUCAGAUGGAGGGUGUGUGUGUGUGUAUGUGUGUGUGUGUGUGUGUGGAUGCAGGCGGACAGGCGGGGCUGGGGUCACUGGGUCGGGUCAGACCGGGGUCACAGCCGGGCCACGUGCCGUCGAUGGCACGACCACCAGCCAUUGUCUUGAUGAUGUGAAUAUGAGGGCGGCGAGCCAAAUGUCAGAGGGAGGUGUGUGUGUGUUAGCGUGUGUGUUAGUGUGUGUGUGUUAGUGUGUGUGUGUGAUUGAGUCAUUAUUUGUUUGUUUAUGGCAUGUGUGACACUUUUGUUGUCGCUGUGAAGUUUCUGUUUCUGUGUGAGUCAAAAGCCUUUCUCUGUUUAUGUGUCUGCAUGUUUGUGUGUGUCUGUGUGUGUGUGCGCUGACUGCCUGCACCAUGCAUGUGUCGCGUGUGUGUGUGUUUUAUGUGUGUGUGUGCCUUUUGUCUCCGAGUUGAUCUCUGCCCUGUGGUUCCCCAGACAGUCUGGUUGUAAUGGCGGAUGAUGUCAUGGCAUGAAUCACAAACAGUGACACAUGCUCGGGUAUAAUAACAAGCCCCACCCCCACCUCUCUGCACACACACACACACACACACACACACACACACAAGCCACAUUACCUGCAACCUGAGCCCGCUGCUGCAGCCCCGUGUCCACAGCCCGGAGAAUAAUCAAUUGAAUUAGAAAUGUUAACCCUUUAUUAACGCCGGCGUCCAGCUCCUGUUCUCACCUCCACUUUUGACCACCUGGUCCUUCUGUCUGCAGCUGCAACACGUUUCAUUCUGCAAAUCUAAGAGACGUGCAUCUUCUUAUGACGCAGUUAUUACACACUAGAUCUUAUAUUUUUUGUGUGCAUGACAAAAAUACUACAGGUUUCAGAAUUGCAUGUAUAUAACCGGUUUGGACUUUUCACUUUCACUCGUAAAACCUCAAAAACUCCUCCACGGUUUCCUGUCAGCUCUCAUUAUUUCUCCGUGUUUGCGUUCAGGGUGAUCAGGGUUCGAGUGUUUUGCCUCGUUCACCUCGAGGUUUGAACUUUUGCAGGAUGUGAUCUGAUCUUCAAUCUUCAGAAAAUGAUAUUUGCCGCUUUGAGAUUCACAUUAGCCCCUGUCCUCUUCAUCAUAGUCCUCGAUUAUGCGCUCAGGAAAGCAAUCAGUGGGCGAGAGCAGGAAGUUGGCUUCACGCUAACACAGAGGAGGUCGAGGCGACACCCUGCGGUGGUCCUCACAGACCUUGACUAUGCGGAUGAUAUAAGUCCGCUCUCUGACAACGUGGAACAAGCACAAGAACUGCUGAACAGGGUAGAGCUAGAGUGCGCCAAGGUUGGUCUUAGGCUAAAUGUCAAGAAAACUGAGGUCAUCACCUACAACAUUCCACCAGAACAUCAACCUCUGACUACAGCAGGAGGCGCUGUGCUGAAAGAAGUCGAGGACUUCAAAUACCUGGGCUCAUGGGUCAACUCAACUGAACAAGAUCUAGGAAGGCACUUGCAUGGAGAGCCCUGAACGGCAUGAGCGGUGUAUGGAACUCCAACCUCCCCCACCAAAUCAAACUCAGCUUCUUCUACGCGACAGUAGAGUCCGUUCUCCUCUAUCGCAGUGAACGCUGGACCCUGAAGCCAACCCUGGAGAAAUCCCUAGAUGGGUGCUACACCAGGAUGUUGCGUGCAGUGCUUAACAUCAGCAGGAACGAACAUGUGACCAACAGAACACUAUACGAGGGGAUACCGAGGGUGAGCGAGAAGAUCGCUGUAAGGAGAAGGAGACAAGCAGGACACUGACAAAGGCAUCAGGAACUGUGGGAACCAACACAUGGGCAUCGGCCAAGAGGACGUCCUACACUAACAUACGUGGACAGACUCAAGGAGGACGCAGGAGCUCAGAGUACCAACGAACUGGCGAGAUGUAUGGAGAAUCGGGACGACUGGAAGCGACGAUGAAAGGCUCGUCUGAGGACGACCUAGAGAUUCAGUUUUGUUUCCACUCACUUCAGGUGUAUCAGACAGCUCUUUGUCCUCCUGGUAUCAGGAUGGGACUGUUUCAAAUUGUGCAACCUGGAAAGUUGACUGACGACUCUUUGAAUAUUUCAGAUGGACCUGUUGAUCGGUUGGUAUUACCUUUUCUAAAUAAAAUCCAUGUCACAGGCUGAGAUACGUUUUACUAAUGAGAGAAACAACAGUUAUGUGAUAUCGGAGGUGGAGGAAAGGAGGUGGUGUUGGUGUAAAAACCAAACAGGUGGAGCUCAGGAUGCAGAAGAUGUGACACUGAAACAUAAAAGCGCCGUGUCGUCAGCUUUCAAGUUUCUGAUGCUGAAGUGGAAAAAUGACUCCCACACGCAGGUCGACGUGGUUUUCUUUUCCGUUCCUGUUUGUGGCUUUAAGUUUUCGAAAUGUAACCCACCGUUUCUUAGAAAUCCAAAAUAUUUCCACUCUUUCUAUGAACUCUGUCCUCAUGGAAACAAACAGCAAAGUGAAAUUGACAACCUGAUGAUGCAGCUGGUGUCUUCAGGGUUUGUUCAGAUUCAUAAAUAAUUAAAAGUGAUCUUUUUAAUUUUUAUUUUUGUCUUUUUUGUCUGUAACGUUUCAGUAACAGAAACUCAACGCCUGAAAUCAGUUGGUUGGAGCUGGUUUGAGAUGAAUUUCAUCUGAAGACAAAAACGAGUAAACGAACAGAUUUGUUGAAUAAUGCAUCAAGAAUUCAUUAUCCUGCAUGUUUAAUGACGUCUUUACCUCGUCCUGAAAUUUUCCUGAAAUUAUCAGGACUUCAUGUCUGACAGAAGUGGAGGUCUCUGCUGCUCCACGUACACGCUCAUCAAUAUCUCUCAGUCCGCUGCCGUGAUCUGCUCUCCUCUGGGAGUCGACUCUGUGUGGUGGAGAGCGGGGCAGGAGGACGAUGGAGGUGGACGCCGGGGAGCGCUGGGACUUCCUGUACACGAGCCUUUCCCUCUUAAUGGAGCUGACCCAUGAAACUGAACACCUUAACACGCACGGACGGAUGUACAUGAAAGCAUGUACAUAUGAUCGGUAUCCCAAUCAUUGUACUGUCAGCGGCGGCAUCCAGGAGACGAGCUGACCAAUCGGACUGCCAGCUUUCAUUAUUUUCACUGUCCACUAAUCUCUCCAUCAGUCGGCUCGUGUUACUGAAGACUUUAAACGCCUGUCAGAUGUUGAGUUGGAGCUUCUGUCAGGGCUGGAGCUCCAGUGAACAUCUACUACUGUGUUGUUUUACGGCUCUACUGUCCAGAUGUAAACAGACACAGAUGUUAGAUGACCUUUUAUGUUGCUCCAUGGUCUGUUUGUGUUUUAAAGUCCCACUCUGAUCGUUUUCUCAGUGGUCUUUAAAUUGUGAUUUUGAAGUUUUUAACCAAAAUCUCGUUAUCUGUGUCAUUUUCAAGGACUUUUCUUCUGCAGAGCUCCAGUAGCUCAUUAGUAAUUCGCCUCUGAGUUGUGGGCGGAGACAGCGCUGCUCUGCACACUCCUCUUCACACUAGCUUUUAGCCUAACAUUGCCGAAUUAUUAGAAGUAGCAGGUAACAUCGCUGCUAUUCAGCUCUCGGACACUAUUGUCUUUAAGGACAUGAUGAAAGUUAAUAUAAUUAGCUGUCUGACCAGCGUUGCAAUCCGCUAACGCACACACUUGUUUCGUUAUUGUCACGAUCUAUAUUUCUCAGUGUCUGGUCUGCAUUAUAGCGUGGCUCCGGGGGCGGAGCUUGGAUUUGUGAUGUAGGAAAUCUCACUGAAUCUGAAUCUGCUGUUUGGGUCUGUGAGAGAAAUGCAAUUUCACACUUAGUUUUCUCAUGAUACGUCCUGUGGCAUCAGAAAAAUGAACAUGUAGAGACAAGGAAAACUGGAUUUUCAUCAGAUUGAUAGAUAGAUAGAUAGAUAGAUAGAUAGAUAGAGAACUUUAUUAAUCCCCGAGGGGAAAUUCGGUUGUUGUAGUAGCCGAUACAAGCAAUACAAGAGAAUUACAAAAAAUAGAUAAAAUAUACAAGCCUAUACAAGACUAUACAAGAUAAUGAAUGAUACAAGAUAAUGAAUGAGAUUGGGUCUGUUAAUGGGUCUGCAUGUUGGACCAAAGUCUGUGAACAUGAGCCACACUCUUAAAACCAACUGUUAGGAACGUACAGACUCUGAUCUCUGAUUUCAGGGUUGUUCGUUCUGACAGUUAUCUGUGCGUUUCAUUCCCUCAUUGGUUGGCUGGAUUUCAAAUUUAUGCUGAAACGUCAGGAUGUGACUCCUGAACAAACUUAUGUAUCAGCAGAUUUCAUACUAGAAAAACAGGAGCUGCAGCUUUAAAUCAGCUGAUCAUCAAAAUAGCUUUUUUUAAAUCAGUCAACCAGCUUCAGCUGCUUUGACUUGUUGGUUUUUCCAGUGAACUUCCACAGAAAUGAAACUGGAAAAUAUCCGCAUUAAAAAAGAGUGAAUCAAAGAUUUUAUUUUCUUCUAAAACAAAUAAACUUUAAACGUGGAUAAAACUUUUCUGACAGUGAACAAACUCAUCGAGAGUUCAGGUGUCAAGAAACAUAAACAAGACUUUAAUGAUGUCCCAGAAGGAGGUUAAAGAGGUGACUCCUGUACUGGAAAAAAGAGGAUAAAUAUAUAUAAAUAUACCUCUUUUAUCUUCUAUAGGCAGUCAGUAUACAGAUAAAUACGACAUAUGAAACGAUGAGAAAUCUGCAUCUCUGAUUUGAUUGGUUGGCAAAUACAGAAACCAACAGACAGACAGUAAAACCUGAAUGAAGUCCAACAGGUAUGGGUAUCAGGAUCACAGAAACCUGGUUCAGUGAUCGUCAUGACAACACAGAAACCACCGUUCACAGACUUUGAGCUGAGUUUCCCCUCUGCUGUUUUUCCACUCUGUCGUUACUUUCGCUUUACUCCAGUCUUCAUCUGUAAGAGACCGUGUUUCAUCAGGAUCAGGUUUCAGUGGUUCUGUAAAUACUCCGAGCCGGAGUCAUACCUGCACACGGCAGCGCUCUGACAGCAAACGACUCACUCAGAGGAUGUUUGAAAGAGUUUUUAGAGUAAGUGGUUCAGAGUCUGGACCGCCCCUGUUUUAAGAAUCUUGUUGGUGGUUUUGAUGGAAAACCUGAACCCAAAGAUGAAGGUGAAGACAUCGACUGAAACAUUUUCCUCCACAAACGACUUAAUUCAGUGUUUUAGCUAAAGGAUCAGCUGAUUGGGUCGAUGGUACUGGAGUUAUUCAGUUAAACAGAUUAUUAAUUGUGUGUCAUGAUGAUCCUGAAAUGCUCGUUGUUAAGUUAAAGAUGUAAAUCUCUACUACCUGGAUGUAAUUGGUGUUGUCUGCAGGCUGCGUCGAGUUAAACUGACAGAAAAUACAAAUCCUGAAACCUGCUGCUCGCUCUGCUGUCGUUAGAAAACCAUAAAAACUUAAAUAAAUCAAAUAAAACCUCAGAAAUGUUUCUGCAGAGACUUCAUGAUAAAUCUACUUUGACGUAUUUUAUCGAUAUUUUUGAAGUGUCGUCAGAUUUGUCACAGACUUCUUUUUUUUCUGGGUGCAGAUUUUUUUCUUUUUUUGAUCCAUUUGUAGAUUUUUUUCCAAAAACAAACUCCCUGUCAUCAGUCUGUAGGUGAUCAGUUAUGAUUAGGGUUUAAAAAUCAGUCCAGUUCAAGUGUUUAUUAAUGUCAGUGUUGUUUUAGGUCUAUAAUCAGAUUUAUCCUCCUGAUUUCUUUUGUUGUUUUACGAUCAGAGCUCUCAGCCGCCCACUUUAGUUUUGUCACUCAGCAUAAAUAAGUACACCGCUUUACAGUUGUCAGAAAACCUUUAGUUUCCUUUCAAAUUCAACAUUUUCUCUGUCAGACUUUACAACAAAAUACUCCCCAAAAUGUCGACCAAACAAGAUCUUUUAAGUUGCAUAAAAAAAGUUGCAAAAAUGAGUUCAACCCAAUCAAAGUUCUGGGAGCAAAGCUAAAUUUAAGUUAUCAAAUCAACCUAAUUUUCAUCAUAUAGUUAAUAAAAUGUUAUGUUGAACUCUGCUUUGUCAAAACUUUUGAAAUUGUACUUUUGCUCAUCUAGAUGCUGAAUAAUACAUAACUUUUAAUACUGAUUUAUGCUGGACUCUGUAUAACUUGAAUUUUAUUUGAUAUCUGUUAUCGUUUUUCCUAAUCUGACCUUCAGAUUUGUGUAUUUUUGCUGCUCGGCCUCUCAUCCUGACAUUGUCGGCACUUGUUGGAUGUUGUUGGAUGUCGUUGGAGGAGGACGGGGGCCUCUCUGAAACUAUUCUGUGAAUGGAGUCCAGGGAAACCCCCGUAGUUUCAGCGGGGGUGACUCACAGCUCCUGGUGUCCUGUGGAAUUUGGUCAAGUGCCUAUUUGUGGUGGAGAGGAUAAAUCUCACACCGCCGACUUCUGCUUUGACAUGUCGUUUUUUUUCCACCGUGCGUUUCUGUUUGAGGGUUAUUUAUAACCGCCGGGUCUUGUGAGCGUGCAUCAAAACAGAAAUGACGUGGAGAAACGUGAAGAAGAAGCCGAGCCGCGGCGGUUUCAGAUUUUCCAGGGGAUUGAAGACAGAUUGAGGAGGAUGGAGGGAGAUAACCGAACCCCUCUCUCUGUUUUUUCAUGUUCAAGUUAAACUUGAGACAGCAGUGACAUCCUCUGUGAAGUCAGAGCUCAAGAAUGCGUUGACCUUUUCACGCUCCUCACAUUCCUUAAUCCGGGGGCAAUGUUUUGUCAUCGUGACGCCCCGCUCUGCUGAACGCCGGGCCGGCCGGGGUAAUUCCAUCACCGGCAUGUGAACAGGCCGCGCUUUUGUGAGAGGAGAGUAAAUGUUAGGCUGUGUGGAUGAUCCACCUCUCUCUCUCUCUCUCUCUCUCUCUCUCUCUCUCUCUCUCUCUCUCUCUCUCUCUCUCUCUCUCAGUCUGAGUCUAUAAUCGUAUCUCAACUGACAGCAUUCCUGCAGGAGGGCACGGCCCCGAUGACGACAACUUUCGGGAGGUUGGAGGGAGGAGGGUGGUGUAAAGGGGGAAGUGUUCUUCCAUUUCUACUCGUAAAGCUGACGAGGCCACGCCCACUCCACUGUCUGCACCUAAAAAAACCACUCCUCCUGCCAGGCUGGCUCCUCCCACUUCAUAGAUUUUAUAUUUGAUUGAUUUAUAAAAAGAUUUUGACUUUAUUAGGAUGCAAAUUCAAAGAAAUGACCCUGAUCGUUGCCCUUUGCACGCCUGUUCUUGCACGUCAGAUUAUUGCAGGUUAAAAAAUUCGAACCGUGAUCAGUCACCGUCUGCUCUCGCCGUUUUGACGUCAUUAAACGUGAUCUGAUGCUGACUGAUUCGCCUCGUUCCAGGUGUUACCAAGCAGUAGGAGAACAUCACGUGAUCAAACCCAAACCCAGAAUACAGGAUGAUGUUUCUCCAUCCUGGAUCUGGAUCUUAAUCAUCUCUUUUUUAUUGUGUUUGACUUCCAGGUGCAGAAGCAGGUCCACCCAAACCUCCAGGCGAAAGAAGACGCCCUGCAGCACAUCGAGGAGCUGAUCCUGCAGCUGCUCAACAUGCUGUGCGUGGCCCAGCCGCGCUCUGUGCAGGACGUGGAGGUAAGACCGCCAUCAGAGCGUCCAGAUCUGAUCAUUUCCAUCCAGAUCGACUCUCAGUAAACAGAAGAUAUCACUGAUUGAAUUUUUGUGUGUGAAGCAGCUUUAAGUCAUCUGAUCGUUCACAUCCAUCACACUGAGAUGUUUCCUCUCCUCAGGAACGGGUCCAGAAGACGUUUCCCCACCCCAUCGAUAAGUGGGCCAUCGCAGACGCUCAGUCAGCCAUCGAGAAACGCAAGAGGAGGAACCCUUUACUGCUCCCCGUGGACAAGAUCCACCCUCUGCUGAAGGUAAAGACCUCCUCCUCCUCAUCAUCAUGUGAAGUUUACACAGAAGAUCAGUCUUACUAAUUGUAAGAAGUAAACUUCAAAAUAUAAGCCACCUGGAGCGCCCCCUUCUGGGUAAAACGUUGAUCUGUUUUUGUUUUUCAGGAGGUUCUGGGCUACAAAGUGGACUACCAUGUGUCUCUGUACAUCGUGGCGGUUCUGGAGUACAUAUCCGCAGACAUCCUGAAACUGGCGGGGAACUACGUGGGCAACAUCCGGCACUACGAGAUCAGCCAGCAGGACAUCAAGGUGUCCAUGUGUGCGGACAAGGUGAGCGAGAAAACACGCCAGCAUCUGUGAACGCCGCUCAAUUUGAUGAAACAGGUUCUGACGGGUUUUCCUUGUUUGCGUCCAGGUGUUGAUGGACAUGUUCGACCAGGAGGAGGACAUCGGUUUGAUGUCUCAGUGCACCGAGGAGCCGUCGUCCUCCGGGGAGCUCACCUACGACGACCUGGUGAGGCUGGAGAUCGCAGAGGAGCGUCAGUACCUGCGGGAGCUGGACCUCAUCAUCAAAGUGUUCCGCCAUCACUUCCUGUCCAACCCCAAAAUCUUCGCGCCGCAGGUGAGGAGGCGGCUGAGAUGUUCUCGAUGUAAAGACUCACAGGAGGAGGAGGUUAUAAAUAUAAGUUUUACAGAGGCAGGGGGACGAAACUCCGUGAGGUGGAGAGAGGACAGAGGUUGAACCUGGGGUUUAAUACGUCGCUGUGGUUCUGCAUAUUUCAGGGUGGGGUCAUCUGCGGUGUCUUCUGGGUGAGGAGGAGAAACCUUUGUGAGGCCCAGAGGAGCGCAGAACGUGUAAUUAUGUGGAGACAGGGACCACAUCUGCAGAAAUAACCUCUAAAUCACGUCUGUUGAAACGCAGCGUAAUCUGAAACGAUCGGAGCGACGAGGAGCCGAAUAAUGACGGGACUCCGAUCAGACCGGAGCAGCCAAUCAGAGCUCAGAACCGUUUCAGGGCCGUCGUCUGCUCCACUAAUGAGCUCCUGGUCUAAUCAGGCCUGUUGUUGUUUUUUUUAAAGCUCGUUAUUACGACGGUUUUUAAUUUCUGGGAGCUCUCUGCUCCUCACUGACUCGCUCUUCUAUAUUCAGAGUUUACCUGGACUGAGGUGACCCCGGUCUGCAUGAAGGUUCAGGUUUAGUUAGCAGGUUAGAUGUCUGCUUAUCUCAUGAGGACUAACUUGUUGACCAUGUUGAGCAUGUGCAGAUCUUCAAACGAUCUGAUUUAUUCGUUUUUAAAUAGGGACUGACCGAAUGGGAAAAUCUUGGCCGAAACCGAAUAUAAGAAAAACUUGGCCGAAUAACCAAAUAGCCGAAUAUGAUUAAUAAAUAUGUAAAUAAAUUAUGAAUUUUUAUCACCAAGCAAUUUUUGUACAAUUGCUGUCAUUGCCGUACAUUUGUUUCAAAGCUACCUGAUUAUGGCAAAACCUGGCAAACUUAAAUAUUAAUCACUUUAUGUUUGAACCAUGAAACAUUUAUUCAGCUUCAGCACAUGACAUAACAAUGCUAUAACAAUAACAUUCAAUAAAAUAAAAUUAAGUAAAUAACAUCUUUGCUAUAACAAUACAAAAAAAGUGCAAUUUUCCCUGUAGGAUAGCCUAAAGUAAAUAAAAUAAAUAAAAUAAAAUGCACAUAUGCAAAAUAAAUAGAAUAAAUGCGCUUACAUGCAUGCAUAUACGAUUGUGCAAACUUUUGUGCAGUGAGUUUCUUGACCUCGUCAUGUUUGUCCGUAUAUUUAGCGCUCAUGUGGUUGAUUAGCCCCGAUGUACUGAAAGUUUUUGCCGUCACACCACCUCGAGACACUUCAGCAGAGCAGAGUUUACAAAUUGCCAUCCGACCAUCUUUCUCUGAUAUGUCGAAAUAUUUCCAAACCGCAGACAUGCCGGUUGAACGGCUUCGAGCCAAGACAGCUGCACGUAUCGUGUGCGUCGUAUCAGCAUGCCGGCUUGCCUCUUGUCGCGUUCCGAUUACGUCAUCAACAUGCUGCUAAAACAGGGAAAACGGCGCCGUCUGCGUUUUCAGUUUUUGAGAGUUCAUACUAGACCCAUGUUUAUCCACACUAUUCUGUGAUUUUUUUUCAGCUAUAACAUCUAUUCGGCCGAAAACCAAAAAUUCAUUUUUAAUGCUUUUCGGACGAAUAUUUUCGGCGCCAAAUAUUCGGACCCAUCCCUAUUUUUAAAACUGUAGUGAAAACAGUUUGUCACCUGAUCCAGUUUUUCUAUCAUUCAGGUCUUCAUCUCCUCCUGCUGUUUGUCCUGAUAAAAACUUAAAUGCACAAUAAUAUCAGGAUAACUGCAGAUAUGAAAACCUGUGCUGAUGUGUGAAGUCUAGGGCUAAGGCCGCGAAAUAUUUCUGCAACUAUUUAUUAUUUAGAUCGAUCCAGAUUUUCGACAGGUGGAUUCUCUCCGUCCUCUCUCGCCUGUGAAUGAACCUCAUUUCUGUUUCUGCUGCAGGACGUGGAGGUGAUCUUCAGUAACAUCCUGGACAUCCACGAGCUGACGGUGAAGCUGCUCGGGCUGAUCGAGGACGCCGUGGAGAUGACGGCGGACGGCAGCCCUCACCCUCUGGUGGGGAGCUGCUUUGAGGACUUAGCAGAGGUAUGAAGAUCCUCUCGGCAUGGAAACGUUCACUUUUAUCCUGCCGUGUAGGUCGUAAAAUAACGCCCACGUUUCUCCGUGUGGUUACAGGAGCAGGCGUUCGACCCCUACGAGACCCUGUCCCAGGACAUCCUCAGCAAAGAUUUCCACGAGCACUUCAACAACCUGAUGGCGCGGCCCACCGUCGGCCUCUACUUCCAGGUGAGAUGUUCAGAGAAGCUCCCAGAACCGUCAUCUCCUCCAUCGUUUUGUGACAUUUCAUUCCUCUCUCUCUCUCUCUUGUCCCGUUUUAGCCGUUACUUUUCUCUCCCUCCCUUCCUGUCAUUCUCAAACGUGAACUUUCUUAUAAAGCAGAAAUGUCAUAAACCCGCCGAGAGAGAAUUUGUUUGUUUUUAAUACGACGGUACGAGCAGGUCACGGAUGUGUUUGGAUUCUUGUUCCUGCGUUUCUCUGAAGUCAACCUGCUGGAAUUCCUCCUGAUAUGGUCGGAGGAGGAGGAGGAGGAGGGCAUGUCAUGACACAUAUUCGGCGUCCCGUCUGCGUACGGUUGAUUCACUUGUUUUAUUUGGACAUUCCUCACAAGAAUAGCAUUGAAUUCUGCUCGGCGGGGGUGCAGUUCGGCCGCCUUUGAAGAUGAAAUAUUUGCUGGUGUUUUCUCAGGCUGAAGACCAGCGAGUCCGACUGUUCACAUGGAGCAGCAUCAGGAUUUACAGUAUAACAGAGGGGGGUUCUGAUUCUGGGCUCGUAUUUGAGCAUAUUCAGGGUCUACAGGUGCAGGAAGAUCAGGGACCACAAAUCAUCCACGUCCUAUCUUCUAAAUACAGGCGUGACAUGAAGCUUUAAGGUCUUUGCGUGUUUACCCUCAAACUAAUCUGACCCCAGUUGGAUAAACAGCGAUGGCACUCUCCUCUGAUGACCCACACCCAGUGUUUAUUUUCAUCCAUUCACUGUGUGAGGGCGGGAAAAGGCCACAGGAGUCAGAAAAUAACACGACAGCGUUCAUCGAAAGUCCUAAAAGUGAACCGGAGAGUCCCUCAGAGUCUGGACUCGAAGCCGACUCUAAAAGCCUCCCUCAGGGUUCAGAUUUUAUUUUUAAUGAAAGUGAUUUUUGUUUAUCUCUAAUAAAUAUGUUACAUAAUCGAGGACUGAGGAUGUUUCUGCAGGAACCGUAAAUCUAAAUUUCUGCAGUUAAAGGAGCAUUUCGGCUUUUUUCCAUCAGCUACAAUCGAGUCCGGAGUCGUCGUGGUGCUUUGGAGGCUUUCUGCUUUGUUGGUAGACCUCAUUCGUGUGUGUGUGCGGUUGUGUGUGUUUGUGGUUGUGUGUGUGUUAGUGGUGGUCCCAGGGGCAGAUGGUGUAAUGGUGUCUCUCGCUCCCCCUCUCAUCAUCCCUCCACCUCACACACCUUUUGAUCGUCCUGCUCCUUCCUUCUUUAUUUCUGAAUUUUUUCUCGUCUUAUUUCUCUGGCGUUUAUUUAUAUUUGCUGAAAAGUGGAAUCGAACCUCUGUCCGUGUUGUCAUCAGCGCUCCAGCUUUCGUCUGGUUUCAUGCGCUCCAUCCUUCUCGACCCCCUCCUCCCCUCGUUCGGUGGGAUAGAUGUGUCUGUGGAGCACUCAGCCCCUGCACUCUGCAGCGUCUGGUAUUGUGGGUAAAUUACAUCGCCUUUUAAAAAUAGACCAGGCAGCCACACUGCGGGCCAUUUUUCUACUGAGGAGGAGGAGGAGGGGGUGAAGAGGAGGAGGAGGACGGUGGCCCAAGGCGCAUUUCAUGUUGAAAAUAAGAUGUGAAUUAAGACAGCAAAAGAGCGUGACAUGGGUUCAAGCAGCUCUGUACCUCUGCGAAAUGGGAACAUGUUGUCCCCGCCGCCGCCAUCGCGUCGUAUUCCUGCUGCUCUGAGUGUUUAUAUUUAGGCUGCCGCCACAGUGACGACUUUUACAUGUUGGAGAGUUACAAAACCGCCUUUUACCCACUUUACCUGCUCCGUUUGGACGCUUCAGACGUCCUCUGAUGUGGACUAAGAUCUCUUUUAGAUUUCUCUGGGAUUAAAUAAAAAAUAGAAUCAUUUUAGCAGGUUAAUCCAGAGAGAUAUUUAUUUUUACUUUGAUUGUAACUCAGUGUUUAAAGAUAAUAUUGUGGGGAACUAACAGGAUAAAUACACUUAAAGUCCCUGAGGAGGAGGAGAGAGGAGAGCAGGGAGAGGAGAGCAGGAGGAGGCAGUCGUGAGGCCGCAGCGAGCUCAGGAUCGUCUAAAAAGUGAGAGACAUUGUUCUGAAUCACAGUGAAUACAGAUCCUGAGGUUAUGGAGGAUUAGGGCUGGGUGAUAUGUCCUCAAAUCAAUAUUACGAUAUAUCGAUCAGUUUACCUCGAUAACGAUAAAUGGACGAUAACUACUCCACAAGCUGCUCACCCCCUCCCACAUUAACUUCGUCUACUUCAGCCGCUCCAACUUUCUCUCCGUCCUACAUCUCCUCACCUGUCUUUCCCUCUUUGUUACAGACUGGAUGGGGUGGAGUCACGUCUCUGAUGUAGGACAGCGUCUUAAAGGGACAUGAAACCAUAGCCUACCUACCUACACACAUACACCUAAUUUACCGAUAUGGGCAAAAUGACGUCGGUUAUUGUCGUAAAUUUUAGUAUCAGUAAUUUGGUUUAUCGCCCAGCCCUAUCGAAGAUGUUAUAUUUGUAGUUUAUCGUGUUGAAAGUUUGACAGACAUGUUUUGACGAACAGAUAAAGUCGCUGAAGAUUCAGAGUUGAAGUGUUUUUAGGUUUCGUUUUCCUGGAUGAAUGAAGAUGGUGUUAAAAGUGGUCCGUCUCUUAUGUAUCAGAUAUGCUUGAGCGCCAUCUUCUGGGUAAAACGCUGCAUUACACUAAAACAUGAAUCUCCGGUUUUAAAAACAGAGCGGUGUUGUUCGCUCCUCGUGUCGACUCUAACAGGAGCAGAGGAUGCUGACGUAUCAAUAACAUGAUCUAAACUUAGGUCAUUGUCCACCCCCCUCCCCUCCUGCCCAUCACCGAUCAUCAGCCAGCUGAUGUCUUAUUCUCCACACACACACACACCCCCACCCUGCUGCUGCUGCUGCUGCUGCUGUGGGGUCUGAGUAGUAGGUAUUGAUUCUGGCUCGUCUAUCAGGGGAACAGGAGAUUUAAAUGGAUACUAUGACGGCCUCCUCCUCUCCGGUUACCCUGCCGCCGUCCUCACUCCUCCAUCACUCCUCUCUCUCUCUUCUGUCUCAUGAACAGACUCAAACAUACACAGAUACUCGUUUCUAAUUGGAUGUUUUUUUUGUUAAUAACUGCUGACUCUGGUUAAAAGAAAAACGUCUUUCUCUCUCUCACAAACUCGUCUUCUCUGCUGACUCUAACCCGUCUCUCUGGAUCAGGAUUUGGUCCCGUGCCUGCUCUCUGAAGCUGACGUCUGGACUUUUUCCAAAAACUUUGUUCACGUGUAAAAAUAGCUCCAGAGUUAAAAUCCUGGAAUUCCCCUUAAAAUGUUAUCAGUGCGUGUUUCUAUCAUCAGUUCAUGAGCGAAACACAUCAGAUCCAAAAGUUUGGGAUUGAUCACAGGAUUAAAAAUACGAGUUUCUGCAAAGUGUCUUUUGUUUUUUGUUUUUUUUAUUUCAUUUCUAAUCAAUAAGUGUAUUUUCUUCUCUUGUCUUGUUUUUUGUUUUUCUUCUUUAUUGAUGUUUGUUGAUCUUUCCCCCUUUCUUGUGCCUGUUUUUAAUUUUUAUUACUUUUUUUGUUUUGUUGCUAUUUUUUUCUUGUUUUCUUUGUUGUUGUUUGAGGAGGUGUAUUUUGUUUUUAUCUUAUUUUUCUUUUUUACACUUUGUUUUUAAAAUUUUUGUAUAGGAUAGUUUUUGUUCUUUUUUUGUUUCUUUUUUGUUGCUUAAUUUUUUUAAUGAUUAUAUAUUUGCUUUUGUUCUUUGUUUUUGUUGUUUUUUUGCUUUUAUUUCUUUUUUAUUUUAUUUUUACUUUUUGUUUGUCUCUAAAGGUGCACUUUUUUUUCUACUGUUUUUUGUGUCAUUUGUUUUGAUUGUUCAUAGGGGUGUUUUUUUUUUCUUGUCUUUUUCCCAUUUUUUUGUUUUUUGUAUAUGACAGUUUUUUGUUCGUUUUUGUAUUUUUUGUUUUUUGCUUUAUUCUUCUUUCUUCUUUAUAGGAUUGGCUUUUGUUCUUUCUGUUUUUUGUACCUUGUACACUUUUUAUGUUUUUUUUUUUUGUUUGUUUUUGCAUUUUUUUUUGCUCUUAAUUAUUUGAGUGUAUUUUAUUAAUAUUUUUUUUAGUAAAUGACAGUUUUUUGUUCUUUUUUUUUUUUUUUGCUUUAUUCUUUUUUCUUCUUUAUAGGAUUAGAUUUUGUUCUUUCUCUUUCCUCAAACCUUUUCCCUUUUUUAAAUGUUUUUUUUUUUUGUACUUUUUUUGCUCUUUAUUAUUUGAGUGUAUUUUGUUCCUUUUUCUUUUUUCUUAUUGUUUUAUUUCGGGGCUUUUGUGCCUUCAGAUUUCCUGUCUGUGGGCUGAAUUUAGGUUUGACAUUUAUUUAGCGAUCCUCCAUCACACUGAAAUAAUCUCUGAUGUGUUUUUGUGUCUCCAGUCAGUGGCAGAGGGAUUCAAAGAAGCGGUCCAGUACGUCCUCCCUCAGCUGAUGAUGGUCCCAGUUUACCACUGUAUGCACUACUUUGAGCUCCUCCAGGUACGUCCUUUCCCUGAUCCGUCUUUAGGAGAAAAACUCUUUAUGAGUCCGUCAUAAGUUUCUCAUGAAUUUGAGUUCUGCUCAGCCGAGCUUACAUUCAGGUUAGGCCUCAUUAUUUUUAAUAGGGAGGUUAACAAUGAUGCUCUUUAUUUCUGUCUCUAUUUUUAGCUCCGAAAACGGCUUUCUGGACAUGCUGCCGCCUAAAACGGCUGUCCUGGUAUUUGGCUGCAGUUUUUAGAAAUGAAGUGUGUUUAAUUUCCCAGAGCAGACAGUUCAGUCGUUUGUGUGUGUGAGGGGUUGGCUCUCCUUCACGUGAGGAUAUGAGAGACAAACUGGUUCCAUUAGAGAUGCAGUAAAGUUGUUAAAAAGUUUUCGUGUCUUUGCAGCAACUUCAGGAGCGCAGCGAAGACCAAGACGACCGUGAAUGUCUGAAACAGGCGAUCACAGCGCUGCUCAACCUUCAAUGUAGCGUGGAGCGCAUCUAUGCCAAGCACCAGCCCCGCCGUAAACCCGGGUACGUACGCGCCUUCCUCUUCCUCCUCCUUUUGGUGUCUGUUAUUUUUCCCGGCUCUAAACUCCGCCCCUCUUCCUCACAGCGAGCCCAUGUACCGCCUCUACAGCAGACAAGUUCGUAGCAAACAACUCGCCAUCAAACGCAUGAACGAGAUCCAGAAGAGCAUCGACGGCUGGGAGGGCAAAGACAUCGGCCAGUGCUGCAGCGAGUUCAUCCUGGAGGGGCCGCUCACACGAGCCGGCGCCAAACACGAGAGACACAACUUCCUGUUCGACGGCCUGGUGAUCAGCUGCAAGGCCAAUCAGAGCUCGCGGCUCCCGGGGUCGGGCAGCGGGGCGGAGUACCGUCUGAAGGAGAAGUUCGUGCUGAGGAAGAUCCGCAUCGUGGACCGCGAGGAAUCGACGGAGCUGCGGCACGCCUUCGAACUGAUCGGAAAAGACGAGAACUGCGUGGUUUUCUGCGCGCGGACAGCAGAGGAGAAGGCGGCGUGGAUGGCGGCGCUGGUGACCCUGCAGUACCGCUCCACUUUAGACCGUAUGUUGGACACCAUGCUGCAGCACGAGGAGCAGGCGCAUCCUCUAAGACUGCCCUCCCCGGAGGUUUACCGCUUCGCCGUUCAGGACUCCGAGGAGAACAUCGUGUUCGAGGACAAGGUCCAGAGCAAAACCGGGAUCCCUCUCAUCAAGGCCGGCACCGUGGGCAAACUCAUCGAGAGGCUCACCUACCACAUGUAUGCAGGUACGACCCGGACUCUGUCACCCCGACCCGUCUGAGGAGGUUUGUUCUGCAGAGAUUCGUUCACUCAUACCUGAUCUAUUCUGUCUGUUUCUAGAUCCGAACUUUGUGCGAACAUUUCUAACCACGUACCGAUCCUUCUGCAAACCACAGGAGCUCCUCACGCUGCUGAUAGACAGGUACGCUCAGACCCGAGAGGAAGCCUCAACACACAUCUCGUGUCAAAUAUAUCUAUCCAAGUAUGUCAGAAAGGUUCUUGGUAAUGUUUCUGAGAUUUCUUUGGGGAAUUUUGUUAAGUCUCAAUUAUUGUUAUGUUCUGUUGGGAACUCUUAAGGUCGGGACCAACGCAAAUGUACGACGUGAAAUUUACGAAAUAUUCGAAUUUUGACGCGCCUGACUCUACACAUCAAGCCCGAUGGGAUUUUGCGACUUUCCAGGGGGGGAAAAAGACACGUCCCGGGUGGAAGCGAGAAGCAACGCUGUGAUCGAGUUUGAGUUUACAGUGAAAAUACAUAUGGUAUGUUGUAUCUGAACAGGUUAGCUUACGAGCUAAAGUUACUUAGCACAGAUGGAAGUUAAAACAAAGACGUUUAUCAAACUGUUAAAGCACACAAACUAUUGUCAUAUGAGAAAUCCGACGCUAUGACUCUCUACAAGUCGUCCUUCAGGUCGUUAUCUUUGUAAUAUUUGUGUCUUUUAUCAAAAAUCACUCUGUUCUCCAACACGUAAAUAGUCAGCCGGUCGGCCAUGUUGGAUAUACCGGUGAACCUGAUGUCGCAACAACACGAAAUCUGAUUGGUCAGAAGUGGACACACAGUAUGCAAAAGUUAAAAAAAUCGGCCGUGAUACGAAAAAAAUAAAUGCCGCAAUAUCACAGGACGGGAAAAUGUCGCUGAUGUAAACGCUUGUAGUGACAGGAUACAGGGUUCGAAAAAAAUAUUGAAAUAAUCGCACGAAAAAAAAAACGCUCCAGGUAUGUAAGGACCUUUAUUGUGGAAAACCCAAAAGAGGAAGUAGCAAAUGUAAGCGGGGAUAUACAUGGAAGCUGUUGUAGUUACUGUGUGCUUUUGGCGGACUGAACUAAAAGUGUCGCUGUCGUUUUCAUUUUAGUUUAACAAAUUUAAUUUUCAUUUUAGACUCCAGAUCCAAGAAAAAGACAAAACCAGACACAGACUACCGUAUUUUUCGCACUAUAAGGCGACUUAAAGUCCUUUUGGCUUGUCGGAGCACUGCAGCUACCGUAGCCUCUUGGAGUUAUUGACUGUUUUGUUUGGCUUAAUGCGCCUUGUAAUUCGGUGCGCCUCAUGUGUGAAAAUAGACAUGAAUAUAUGUGUUUAUUGAUUGAUAAAAAACAAACUUGACGGGAGAAUGUGCGGCACCUCCACGGCAGCUCUGACCCUGUCGUACGCACAAAAACUGGAGAAACGAGGAUCUACGACCCCGACAGUAGAAAGAGGAAAUUAAAGGGAAUUGAUAUAUUUGCGUGAAAUAAUAAAAAAUUACUCAUUUCACAACACACAUCAUACAUUACAGAUAUAUUUGCAAAAACCAAGAAGGAGGAAAAAUGUAUAUUGAUGCCCCAGGGAGUGCGCCAGCAAACGCACGUACUUACCGACUCUGGAUCGUGUUUUUAUUCUGUUUAUUUUGAUUCCUCAGGAUUGAGAUCCCCGAACCAGAACCGACUGAAGAGGACCGACAGGCUCUCUGGAACGGCGACCAGCCAAUGGCGGCCGAGCUCCAGAGGUUCAGGAAGGAAUACGUGCAGCCGGUCCAGCUCAGGUACUGAACCGUCCCAUCGGGGGUUGGAUCAGGUCUUAACUCUUGAAGGAGAAACCACAGACUCCUCUCCUGGGUCUCUGUCGGUGUCUGACUCUUGGACUCUCUCCUGUUAAGGUCUGGAUGUUCUCAGCAGGCCUCAGCUCGUCUUUUGUCCUCAGUUUUUUAUCCUUAUAAGGAGUUAAAGAGUCGGGAACGGUUUAGUUAAAAACCUGUAAAAACCGAGAGCUUCUCAGCAUCAGAGUGAAACGCAGUUUUAGUGAAGAGCUGCUGCAAUAAAACCUUUUAAAGUCGCAGAGAGACGCUUAAAGUAGAAGUGACUCAUUACAGGUAUGAACGUGUGAAACUCAGAGGCGUCGUAAAAACAGAGAAUAAGGUUUAACAGGUCUGAAAAUAACAACAACAUGACUCCUGUCGACAGAAAGAGUCUUUACUGUUUCUGCAGUUUAUCUCAAAUCAGAGACGAGGGUUCAAAAGGGAUCAAACUAGUCCAGAUCAGAUCCUGGAGUCUGGAAGGUAGAGGUUUGAUCCUAAAAAUCAGGGUCAUCUCAUCACAGGAACUUAAUGAUGCUCAAUUCAUCAAAAAAUUCAGACUUACGAUAAGAACUUUUGAAAACUUUGUUGUUCCAGUGAAAAAUCAGAUUAAGUAAAUAUCAGGAUUGUAAAAAAAUAUUCAGAUUAGUGAUUUUUUUUUUAAUCUGAAGUAUUUUUCAUCAAAUCUCAAACCUAAAUCCCGAUUUAAAGCAGGCAUGUUAUAGAUUUUGGCGCCCCCUGUGGUGAAAAUAACUGCAGAGUUUUUAGUGAAUUUAAGGAUCUGUGAAAGUCUGAACCUGGACCAGGGUAGGUUAAACCUGGAAAACAAAAAAAAGAGUUAAAAACAGACUUAGGUUAAAAGUUUGUGUGAUUUAUCGAAAGGAAAAACAUUUCAAAAUAAAAGCAUUAAAGAAGGUAAAAAGGAAAACACUCAGAAUCAGAGUGAGACUUUGAAAUAUGAGUAUCUGAAGUAAAUAUCAGGACUGUUAAAAAAAUAUUCAGAGUAAUAAUGUUUUUUUUCAUAUUAAGUAUUUUUCAUCAAAUCUCAAACCUUUUGGCGCCCCCUGUGGUGAACAUAACUGCAGAGUUUUUAGUGAAUUUAGGGAUCUGUAAAAGUCUGAACCUGGACCAGGGAAGGAUAAACCUGGAUAUUAAAAUAAAGAGUUAAAAACAGACUUAAGUUAAAAGUACUGUUUUGGAAUUUAAUUUGAAAUUGAAUUUUUCAAAAUAAAAGCAUUUAAAGGAGGUCAAAAUCCCACUAAAGCUGCUGUUUCUAUUUCAUGAAUAAAAGGAAAUCAACUCAGAAUCGGUGUCAGACUUUGAGAGACGUGUGUUUGAAGUAAAUAUUAUCAUUUUUAAGAGUUAAAAAUAAGAGGACAGAGGUUUUAAUAGUUUCAUUUCUUCUUCUCAGGGUUCUGAACGUUUUCCGUCAGUGGGUCGAACAUCAUUUCUACGACUUUGAGAACGACCCGGAGCUGAGGAGUCGGUUAGAGGAGUACAUCACCAGCAAAAUUCAGCUGCGAGGUGAGAAACUUCGAACUCAGCAGACGUCCGAGUGGAUCAGAUCAAACAUGUUUUCUUAUAGUUUUACAAACUCGACCCAACAAACGUCGUGGUUUCUCUCUGUUCAGGGAAGUCCAUGAGGAAGUGGGUGGAGUCCAUCAACAAGAUCAUCAGGAGGAAACUGCAGACGCAGUCCAACGGCGUCAGUCACAACAUCACCUUCGAGAGCCCGCCUCCUCCCAUCGAGUGGCACAUCUGCAGAGCCGGACAGGUGGACUCCUUCGACCUCAUGACGCUCCAUCCAAUCGAGAUCGCCCGCCAGCUGACUCUGCUCGAAUCAGAGCUCUACAGGUGAGGCAUUCUGGGUAAACAAGGUAGAGGAUUCGUGUGUUCUCUGACUCUGGACCAGAUCGUCUAACUUCUUACCUUUGACCUUCCUCAGAGCGGUGCGGCCGUCUGAGCUGGUCGGCAGCGUCUGGACCAAAGAGGACAAAGAGAAGAACUCGCCAAACCUGCUCCGCAUGAUCCGCCACACCACCAACCUCACGCUGUGGUUCGAGAAGUAAGUCCCCGCCUCCAGGUAUGAAGAAUCAGACAUGAAGGUCUCAGGUGUGGCGUCUGUAACCGUGUGGCGGUCUCUCUCAGGUGUAUCGUGGAGACCAUGAACCUGGAGGAGAGGGUGGCGGUGCUUUCCAGAGUCAUCGAGAUCCUGCAGGUUUUCCAGGAGCUCAACAACUUCAACGGCGUGCUGGAGGUGGUCAGCGCCAUCAACUCUGUCCCGGUCUACAGACUGGACCACACCUUUGAGGCACGUUAAAAACACAAAGUGUUUCAUUUGAAGUGAAGCUGCGUAAAUCAGGCGAACGCUAACGUGGUGAGACCUUCUCUUCCUCCUCUUCAACAGGCAAUACCAGAGAGGAAGAAGAAGAUCCUGGAGGAGGCCGUGGACCUGAGCCAGGACCAUUUCAAGAAGUACUUGGCGAAACUCAAGUCAAUAAACCCGCCCUGUGUGCCUUUCUUUGGUGAGUCCAGUUCGACAGAGUCUCUGAUGAUCCGGUCUAGAAGUUUUCAGGUUUUAAACGGUUCACGAACUCGUCUUUCUCCUCAGGAAUCUAUUUAACCAACAUCCUGAAGACGGAGGAAGGGAACCCGGACUUCCUCAAACGCCACGGUAAGGAGCUGAUCAACUUCAGCAAACGGAGGAAAGUAGCAGAGAUCACCGGGGAGAUCCAGCAGUACCAGAACCAGCCCUACUGUCUGAAGGUGGAGCACGAGAUCAGGGUGAGAGCUCGGGCUUUCAACGCCGUCUGUGUUUGAACGAGUCUUCAGAAACGUGAACUUCUUUGGUUCAUUUCCUGUUUGUUUUUAUUCGCAGAGGUUUUUCGAGAAUUUAAAUCCGAUGGGCAACAGAACCGAGAAGGAGUUUGCAGACUACCUGUUUGAAAUGUCUCAGGAUAUUGAGCCACGGAACUGCAAACAGCCCCCCAGAUUUGUGAGUAACGACCCCAGACUCACCCAGGAUCAUUGAUGGUCGUUUUGGUCGUUUUGAUGAUAACGUUUGUCGUCUCGUUUCUCCGCCCGCAGCCCAGGAAGACCAUGUACACUCUGAAAUCCCCGGGGAUCCGGCCUGUACGAACGUCUACCUCUGGCACCUUGAAGGGCCACCCCGUCCCCCUGGAGAGAGAGCCGCCUCACAAGAUCACCUUCCGGAGCAUCGCCGAGACCGAGCCGGAGACGCCGGCGUCGGCCUCGGUCCCCACCUCCCCGAACACGCCGACCCCUCCUCAGUCCGCCUCCUCCGACCUCAGCUCCGUGUUCAUGGAGCACGACUACGGCGGUGAGUUUCAACAUUGGAGAGUGAUUCCUGCGUCAGUUAUCGUCUCAUGAGGUGUGACAUGAAAAUAAAGUCGUCAUAAAGCGAGAAUGAGAAAAAAAGUCGUAGCUUUACAAAAAAAAAGUAAAAUUUAAAGGAACAGGUCGUAGUCCGUCAAUUUUUACUGACCUCCAAAAAUCAGCAGGAUGAGAUUUUUUAUGACAUGAAACAUGUUGAGGAAAAGAUAAGCAAAGACUGCUCUGUCCAGAGGGGGCGCCAAAGUCAACACAAAUCAAAAGUUCCUCACAGGAGCUUUAAAAGGGGUUCUAGUGCCCCUAGGGGAACUUUUGAGAACUACAAAAGGCACUUCAGAUUUUUUUAAAGCAGCUUUGCUGAAUGAGACGUUUGGAUUUGAUAUUUUAAAUGUUUGAUUUUAAAAGAUUUUUACAUUUUUUAAGUAAACAAGCUCACCGUGCUUAUCUAAGAUGACUCUUUGUAAAAGGACUUCCUGUCUUUAAACACACCAGACCCAAAAUCCAGACCCUCAUCCUCUUUUUUUGACCCUACAGGAAGUAACGCCAUAUUCGCUCCGGUUCUUCUUCCACCUUCCAGUGAGUUCAGACUCUUCGUAUCACGUCUCUUUAAAUUUGUGAUGAUCUGUGGCAGAUCUUUAAUCUCUCGUCUUUCCCGGUUUUCCUCCUCAGAGUUCCACUCCGUGUCUUGCGGCAGCCUCCACCAGCUCGGCGAGGAGCUGCUGAAGCCUCCUCCUCUGCCGCCACGAAGGAAAGACGCCAUGUCUGACGCCAAAGUAAGAGCAGGCGUCUGUUUGAUGGUGUAAAUUUGAUUGACAGUUGAAACGAUAGAACACAGUUUGAGUGACACAACAUCACGACCUUCUGCGGCGCCGUCUCUGAUUCCCGUCUCUCUCUCUCUGUCUCAGCUGAGCUCCAGGUCCGACAGUCCCCCGGCCAUCCCUCCCCGGCUGCCCCCGCCUCUGCCCAGGAACCAGCCUCGACCGCCGGUCUACAACGGCCCCCCCAUGGACGGCCCCCUGCCCAGCCCUCCUCCCCCGCCACCCCGCGACCCCCUACCCGACACGCCUCCCCCGGUGCCCCAGCGGCCGCCUGAGAUCUUCAUCAACUACCCCCUCAACCUGCAGCCCUCCCCGGUGGGCCGAUACCACUGGGACUUCAGCAGCUCCCCCAGCUCUCCCAACACCCCGCCCAGCACGCCGUCGCCGCGCGUCCCCCGGCGGACCUGCCCGCUCAGCGCCAGCACGAACAGCCUCUGCCCUCUUCCCGUCCCCAUCACCGCUCCGCCUGUCCCCCCACGCCACAACUCCAGCCCGCAACUCCCCAAACUCCCACCAAAGACAUACAAAAGGGAGCUGCUGCAGCCGCCGCUACAAGGCCUCUCAUUGGUGGAGAACGCCGACAGCAGCCAGUGAGCCGGCGUCACUUUUGAACGCCACGAAAUGCAAACUAGGACACAGUGGACUGAAGAGCUACUGAUCAGAAUGAAAGAAGAGUCCCGCUCCACACGCCCACCUGCCCGCCGCCCUUCCGCAUCGACCGACCACCUCCCUCCGCUGUGCCUCUCAGGGGAUCAGAAGCUCCGCCUUCAUCUGAAACCCUCUGUGCCAAUGAGAAACCCACACCGGUGUGCCAGCUAACAAACAACAAGGAUCUGAGCGUGUGCGUGUCUGUCGAGUACAGAGCGGGGUCGUCUUCUGCUCCUGAUGAAAGUUCUCACCCCUCACGCUCUCUACUCACCCCCCCUGCUCGCCCCUCUUUUAUUUUGAAGGGGGGGAGGAAGUGGGCGGGGUCCAGGAAUUUGUAGCCUCAACUGUCAUGCUUUCGUUUCUUUGGGCAUUGACGUCACGUGGAGUCCUGCUGCAGCUCACGGUUUCUCCCGCCGCUCUCCUUGUAGCUCUUUGACGGCGUGCGUGCGUGUUUGUGUGCGCGUUUGCGUGCGUGCGUGUGAGCGGCAGACAUUUCCAUUGACUUUUCUUUCCUACAAACAGUUGCCAAAGUCUUAUUUUAUGCAGGGGGAUAAGGGAUUUUCUUUUUUUUUUUUUUUUUUUAAACAAAUGUGACGUUGACCGAAGCGGCGCGAUAAGGAGACACUGAAUCCCCCACCUCGUAUCUCUGAACACUGUGACUGUAAAGACGUGACUCAAACUGUCUGACUGUUGGCGUGUCUGAAGACGGGCCUCUCUGCAGCCACUAAACGUUGCCUUUUAAAAAAAAACAAAAAUCCAACAGCGGUGACCUCUGACCCCAGCCUCCGAGAGCAAGGCGAGAACACUCCGUUUGCACAUCCUGUUCGGGCAAAGUCAGCAGGUUUCGGAUGGAAGUCUCCCUCUGCGGAGUCGGAGGAAGGAGUCGGUUUCUUUCUCCUGAUGUCUUAAACGAUCUGUGUGACGCUGUCUUGACACUGUGCUCUUCAUCAUCUUCUUCUUCGGUAUUCAAACCCAGCACUAGACGCCUGCAGACUCCCACCACAGCCGGGUCAGCUCCCCCUAGUGGCUGCUUGAAAUACCUGAAAACACACCCGUGGAAAAAGAGGAACUUUUUAACCAACUUUCUGUCUCUCAGAUUUCUUUUUUUUUUCCCGCUUGAAAACAUUUAGUUUCACUUUGGAAAGACUGAAAUAACCCCUGCAUCAUGCUCAGAUGUGCCUUUUAUUUUGUUUUCUACUUUACAGAAAUAAGCAAAUGGUGUCUAAAAUGCUAAAAAAUAAAGUUGCCUAUGUAAUGUUAGAACAAAGCUAUACACUAUGAAAUUGUACAUGUUUGUGGAUACUGUGUAUAUAUAACAUGUAUACACUAACUAAAUAAUUUGUAUAAAGUGACAAGGUUUUUCCCCUGUUGUAUUGUACUCUCAUCCGCAUCUGUUCAGUUGAAUAUUGCCUAAUAAUCCAAUGCUGCUACAGUCGGAUAAAAAAAGAAGAAAAAAACGUUAAAAAAAAAGAGAAACAAACAGGUCACUGUCACUAACUUACUUACAGACAAUCUCCAGUUGAAACACUGGGAGUAUUAACUGAGGAAAGCCAUUUUUUUCUCUGCUGCCCCUUAGCUGUUUUAAAGCAAUGAAAAAAAAAAGAAUACACAGUUCAAUAUGCCAAGCACUUACCGAGACAUGUGCUUCACUUUGUACAUCCUACUAAUUGCCUUUUCCAAGAUUUUUUAAAGCUAACGCGCAUUAAACACAGGCUGGAGUCGUAUUAGUUGAAUAUACGCAGACCUAUAUUCAGUUGUGAGUAUUUCAGCUCGGUGAAGAAUUGGAUGUUUUGUUUUGUUUUCUGAUACACACUUUGUGCACUUUAGGCUGUACUGUUGAAGAGCCACAGUUGUUAUAGGUCACCUUUGUAAAAAAAAAAAUGCAGUGGUCCUAUGCAACUGUUCCUACUCACUUUCUACAAGGAUGGAGGCAGAAAAGUACGAGUCCACUGUCUCACUUCUACCCCAGUAAUGUUUGUAAAAAAUCACAGAAACACCCGAGCUGGCUUCAGCAACACUUUGAGAUCGCUUGUGCCCUUUUUCCUCCUUCUGAUCAAACUAGAAAUGAAAAGGAAGAUUCUGGAGGAUUUUUAUGAACAUAUGAAGUCAAAACACUUCUCUGUCUCUGCUCAUGUUCUGUCCUUCUCCCAUGUCAGUAUUGGCGGGGUUUAUUUUGCCAAAAUGUAGUUUUCGGUUUGUUUGUUUUUCACCCCAGCGCCUAUAGAGUAACAGAUUGGUUUUUCCUCUGGUGGCACUGUAACAGCUUGAUCCAGCAAUCGGUUUAUUUGAUGGUAUGUGGCCUUUUAACUGCUUUGUAUUAAUGGUCUUGAUGAGAUUAAUAAAUCACCCAGUCUUAUUUUGUACUGAACCACUCAUUCCUCGCCUUGUUUUUGUUCAGCUUUAUCAUAGAAACUUUCCCAUAACUGUCUCUGGAGAAGCAAAAAAUAUUUUAUAACAAGUAUUGCCUUUUUAGUCUCCAUUUUAAUUCUUCCCAGUGUAUUAUUAUUAUUAUUAUUAUUAUUAAUAUUAAGAAGAAGAAGAAUUAGGCUUAAAUGGCAAUUGCUAGUUUAAAAAGCAAUGCUAGCUUUAAUAGGAAUUUCUCUAAUAUCAAAUGUAUUAUUAUUAUUAUUAUUAUAGAUUAUAAUUAUAAAAUUACUACUACUACUAAUUAUUAUUAUUAUUAUUAUAGUAAUCAUAAUAAUAAUGAAUUUGAUAUUUGAGAAAUUGCUGUUUAAGCUAGCUCCAGUUAGCUUCGGCUAGCAUGGACUAAACGGGGAAAAACAGACACUUCUAUGAUUUAGUGACACAUAAUUUAUCCCCAAA